AUGUUUAGUUUAUUCGCUCUAAUCGCCGCAAUAAUUGCCGCUGCUUAUCUUUUCCGGUCAAAGCAGAAGAAUAAUUUACCGCCGAGUCCGUUUGGUUUUCCGGUGAUCGGCCAUCUCCACCUCCUAAAAGAACCAGUUCACCGCUCUCUCCGUGACCUUUCUCGAAACCUCGGCGACGUGUUUUCUCUCCGGCUAGGCACUCGUCGAGCCGUAGUCGUCACGUCAGCUUCAGCCGCCGAGGAAUUCUUAACGCGUCAGAACGAUGUCGUUUUCGCCAGCAGGCCUCUCACUACUUUGGGUGUAUACGUGGGUUACAACAACACGAUGGUCAGCGCUGCUCCUUACGGCGAGCUCUGGCGCAACCUCCGCCGUAUCUGCACCGUCGAGAUCUUCUCAACCGCUCGUCUCAGAAGCUCGAUGGCGAUUCGGAGAGACGAAGUGAGAGCUCUGCUCCGGACGAUCCACGCAGCAGCAACGUCAUCAGGAGAAAGCGACUUCGUGAGUUUGAAACUCAGACCGUUGCUUUCGGGGCUUACGUUUAACAUCGUUAUGAGAAUGGUCGCCGGAAAACGUUAUUACGGCGAGGAAAACGAGGAAGACGAGGAAGCUAAGGAAGUUCGGGAGCUGAUUAGGGAAGCGUUCGAGUUCGGAGGAUUUACUUAUGUUGGCGAUUUUCUUCCGAUUCUGAAGCUAUUCGAUUUCGAUGGAUACAUCAAGAGAGGGAAGAGACUCGGUUCGAAAUUGGACAAGUUUUUGAAGAAACUGGUCGACGAGCACCGGAGAAACAGGGGAGAAACAGAGCUUGAGAAUACAAUGAUCACUCAUUUGCUAUCUCUACAAGAAUCGCAACCUGAGUAUUACACCGACGAGAUCAUCAAAGGACUCGUGCUGGUGAUGUUGUUCGCCGGAACGGACACGACGGCGGUGACGUUGGAGUGGGCUAUGGCUAACCUUCUAAAUCAUCCGGAGGUUUUAGCUAAAGCGAAAAGGGAGCUAAACGAUGUCGUCUCGAGAGAGGGGCGUUUGAUGGAGGAAUCCGAUGCGUCCACGUGCACGUAUCUUAAUAAUGUGAUCUCUGAAACGCUCCGGCUGUAUCCAGCAGCGCCGUUACUGGUCCCGCACGCGUCUAACGCUGAUUGUAAAGUCGCUGGAUAUGACAUUCCAGGUGGCACUUGGCUAUUCGUGAAUGCGUGGGCUAUUCAGAGAGACCCGAACGUUUGGGACGAGCCAGAGGCUUUCAAGCCGGAGAGAUUCGACAGUGGAGGAGAGCCAAAGACUAAUCAUUGUAAGUUUCUGCCUUUUGGAAUGGGUAGAAGAGCUUGUCCUGGUAUGGGUCUAGCCCAACUUGUGUUAGGUCUGGCUUUAGGCUCAAUGAUACAGUGUUUUGAUUGGGAGAGAAUGGAUGACGUGGCUGUUGACAUGUCGGAAGGAAGAGGUCUUACCGUCCCUAAAGCCGUGCCUUUAGUUGCCAAAUGCAAGUCUUCUCCGAUCUUAGACAAAGUUAUGCCUUGA